GAGAGAGUGAAGCCACGAAAAAGAGCGCGAAUAGAAUCCACUGAAAAUCGUGGAAUCGCCUCAAUUCUCUGGUGUCCGUCUCCGGGUGAAGAUGUAAAGUGAAUUGUGGGCCAGAGUAUAUCUUGAAAUUUGAAUAAAAUAUAAAUAAAACAGUGAGUAACCGAAGUGAAUUUUUAUCACAUCGUGAGAAAAACGAAAAAUUCUACAAGUGUGGUGAAUUCUGGGUUAAAAAUCGAGAGUGAGUCUGUGAUGCUGUUUCAACCAUAUCAGUCUCCUGACCAAUUGUGACUGCAAGAACAAUCACCAGUGAUUGAGGGUAUUGUGUAUAGAGGUCAAUCUGAGGAAUUUCGACAAUUGGUGAAGAAGAAAUUUUGGAAGAAAAUCGUGCAAUAUGGUAGAAGCUGUUCCAGCUCGCGGCAAUGUGCUUGGAAGUUUUCUUCCAGCACGAUACAUCUUGGCCCUAUUGGGCUCAAUUGGAAUGGCAAUUAUUUAUGGAUUGAAGGUGAACUUGAGCGUUGCGAUGGUUGCAAUGCUCAAUCACACAAUUCUAUCACAAACCUCACAUGAAGCUCUCAAUGGAACAUCUAGUAGCACAUCUUCCGGGGAAGAAUCUUGCCACCGAGAUGACUCACACGACGCACUCGAGGAUGGACCAUUUACUUGGAGCGAACCACUUCAGGGUACCAUCCUCAGUUGCUACUUCUGGGGCUACUUUGUCUCCCAGAUUCCCGGAGCAAGAAUUGCCGAACUCUUCUCAGCCAAAUGGGUCAUGUUCUUCUCCGUAGCCAUUAAUGUGGUCUGCACAAUUCUCACUCCAAUCAUGGCUGAAUGGCAUUAUGUUGCGGUUAUUGCUAUGCGAGUUGGUGAAGGAAUUGGCGGAGGAGUAACCUUCCCUGCAAUGCACGUUAUGAUUGCUUCUUGGGCCCCACCCGUCGAAAGGAGUGUCAUCUCGGCUAUCGUCUAUGCCGGUACUGCACUUGGAACCGUAAUUUCAAUGCUAAUGGCUGGUCACUUAGCAUCCGCUUGGGGUUGGGAAUCAGUUUUCUAUGUAAUGGGAUUCCUAAGCAUUAUCUGGAUGGUUCUAUGGGUCUUUCUGAUUCAAGAUACUCCCAAUAAACAAAAACUGAUCAGCCAAGAGGAACGUGAUUUAAUCACAUCUGCUCUCGGAUCAUCCAAUGAUGGCUCUCAUCAGGCCGAGAAAAAGCAACCCGUGCCAUGGAAAAGAGUCUUCAGUUCAACUGCUUUCCUGGCAAUUCUUAUUGCUCAUACUUGCAGCAAUUGGGGAUGGUAUAUGCUACUGAUCGAACUACCAUUCUACAUGAAGCAAGUUCUUGGAUUCAAUAUCAAGGAAAAUGCUCUAGCUACAGCCAUUCCCUUCCUCACAAUGUGGCUGUUUAGUAUGGCACUGAGCAAGAGUUUGGACACUUUGAGAGGACGUUCAAUGAUCACCACAACAACUGCCCGAAAAGUUGCCACAAUGUUCGCAUCGAUUGUCCCCAUGUUUGCUCUCCUUGCAAUCUGCUACAUUGGAUGCCAGAGAGGAAUGGCUGUGGCUAUCAUGGGAAUCGCCAUAACAGCAAUUGGUGGGAUGUUCUGUGGUUUCCUCUCCAAUCACAUCGACAUCGCACCAAAUUAUGCAGGGACUCUUAUUGCCAUAACCAAUACAGCUGCAACCAUUCCCGGAAUAAUCGUUCCGGUGUUUGUUGGAUACAUUACUCAUGGAAAUCAAACGAUUUCCGCAUGGAGAAUUAUCUUCUAUGUGACAAUAGUUCUGUACAUCAUCGAAAUCUUCUUCUACCUCCUUUUUGGCUCCGGAGAGGAACAACCAUGGAACAAGGGAGGAGAUGUGAGAAAACUCACUGAGACUGAAGAUCCCGAAGGAGUUCCACUGCGUCAGAAAACCAGCCCUACAAGCUACACCAGCGAAGAAUAGAAGACCUUCGAAUGAGGAUUUACACCUCGUCAAAACCAAGAAUACUCACUGAGCAUUCACAGACAGUCCAAAAAAAAAAUGCCAAGAUAUUGUAAUAGGACUAAAAUUUAAUUCUUCCUCUCAAGACAAUGCAUGUGAUUGCAUUUUUGUUUUUGUGUUCUCUUUUUUCGGAGGAUGUUUUAAAAAUAAAUUCUGUGCUUACCUUCUACCU